AUGAACGAGGUGAUUUUGUCUGCGGGUGCCCUCGGGAGCCCGCAGCUUUUGAUGCUGAGCGGUAUAGGUCCUAGGGCUCAUCUUGAGGCUCACGGAGUGAAUCCUGUGGUCCUAGAUGUUCCAAUGGUUGGACAGGGGAUGGGAGAUAAUCCGAUGAACAGUUUUAUCGUCCCUUCUCCUCAACCGGUAGAACUUUCCGUUGUAGAGACUAGCCUCUCAACCCAAUCAAUCACAGAUUUGUUAAAAUCGGUGAGCAUGAUAGAGAUUGACGGCUGGAUCGUCAAUAAAGUUGACGGUCCUCUCUCGAGAGGUCAUUUAGAACUCCGGAACAAGAAUCCAGAUGAUAACCCUUAUGUGAAAUUCAACUACUAUCAAGAGCCAGAAGAUCUAGAGAAAUGUGUUAAAGGACUUAAAACCAUCAUUAAAGUGAUAAAAUCUAAUGCAUACUCCAAUUACAAGUACCGGAAUGCAACCACACGCGAGCUUCUCAAUCUCAUGUUGAGCCUUCCCAUCAAUCUAAGGCCAAGGCACGAGACCGCAAUGUUCAACUUGACGCAAUUUUGCUUCGACACUGUGAUGACUAUUUGGCAUUACCAUGGAGGUUGCCAAGUUGGAAGAGUGGUCGACAAGGAUUACAAAGUCUUUGGCAUUGAUGCCUUAAGGGUCAUAGAUGGGUCCACUUUUCUCAAGUCUCCGGGGACUAAUCCUCAAGCGACUGUGAUGAUGCUUGGAAGGUAA